AGGGAUCUUCCAUCUUUCAACACUCACCUGUCCCCAGUCUGUCCAGUUUUUUUUGUAUUUUUGUUGUUUUGGGUUUUCAUUCAGAUUGUAUUUGAAAAAGUAAACAAAAAAAAAAUAGGGGGGAAAAUAAUGAAAUUUUUUGUUGAGAAAAUGUCUUUGGGUUUCUGCGGGUUUUUUGGGCGCCACUUUUGUCAGGUAAUGCGCCAGAAUUUCGCUCAGAGUUGCGAAAAAAAGCUAAACGACCAGAUCAAUAUGGAGCUCAAGGCCUGCCACCAAUACCUAGCCAUGGCGUAUCAUUUCGAUCGGGCUGAUAUCAGUUCUCCGGGCAUGCACAAAUUCUUUAUCCAGGCCAGUGCGGAGGAGCGUGAACACGCUGAGAAAAUAAUGAAAUAUAUGAAUAAGCGUGGUGGUGCCAUAAUUUUGAGCAGUGUACCCGAACCGAUACCCUGUUUCCAGAGCUCCCUAGCAGCCCUCAAGCACGCUUUGCAAAUGGAAAUGGAAGUUAAUCAACAUUUAUUGGAUUUACAUACCCUGGCUGGGAAGGAAUCGGAUCCGAAUUUGUGCGAUUUUAUUGAGGCGAAUUUCCUUCAAGAGCAGGUCGAUGGCCAGAAGGUAUUGGCCGACUAUAUCAGGCAAUUGGAACGGGCCCAGAACGAGGUCGGGGAUUAUCUAUUUGAUAAAUACAUGGGUGCUACCUCCGGAAUGCACGGCGACAAGUGACUUUUAAACUAUUUUUCUCUACCAAAUUUGUGUGUAUUAAAUAUUAAAUAAAUCAAGAAAAAUUAUAAGGUUUAGGGGGUAAGGAAA